CCCUUUUUGUAAUUUAUAACGGCUAAAUGAAUCUUUCCUUGUAUAAAUUUCAAAAUCCUGAAGCCCCAACAACGACUCUCACACUUUGAAAAAAUGACUUCUUCUUGUUUCCCAUACGCUGUUCUUACAUGUAUGAAUUUCAGUGUAUUCAUCCUCUCUGGGGCUUCUUUAGUCCCGACAAUCAUAAUCAGAUCGCCACCGACUUCAAUGGGUUGGGCGCUUGUAACGGUUUCCUCAAUCUCCCUCCUCUCGUCCUUUCUAGGGUUUUACUCUCGACUCACCCAUUUUUGUUUCGUUACCCAUGUCACCCUUCUCAUCACCUCCUUGGCUGCUCAAUUUCUUGCCAUUUUAGCCCUGUUUACCAAGGAAAAUUCUAGUCUAUCAAUGCUGAAAUCCCCAAGAGACCCGAGAGAAGCAAUGGUUUUGGUAAGGUUGGAAUGUGGGGUACUGAUUGUAAUGUUUGUGAUGCAAUUAGGUGUAUUGUGUUUAACGUACACUACAAAUUGUUGUUUGGCAAGAGAAUACGAACCCGUAACCAAGAAGAAGAGUACGAGGGUGGCGGCCGAAUCCAUGAAAGGAAUGGAGAUGGAAACGGAUCUCAAAGGCUUUAAAGAAAGAAUUUAGAGAUUGAUUUUUGAAGAUACAGUAUUACUUGAAUGUUUUGUAAGUUGGGACCUAUGACCCUGUGUUAUUAUUAUUAUUAUUAUUAUGAAGCAAAUAUAUAAAUUUGCUGUGUUUGUCUUUUUACAUGACUAA